CCCUUCUCUACUUCUUCUUCUUCUCACCCAACGCAACACGCCUAAGAAAUCCCAAAUUAAUCCAUACAGAGGGACCAAACCUAAUCGCUCUCCACACUCUCUCUCUCCCUCUCAUAAUUCAUAGAUCCAUUCCAAUCCCAUAUUUUCUCCAAACCCUAAAUUCCUUUUCUCUUCUCUCUGAUAAUUUCUGCCAUCAAUUUCGAGGUUUCUUUUUGGGCGUUAAUUUUGUUCUGUUGAAGAUUGAAGAGGGUUGAAUAAGCGCGGAGAAUCAAUCAACCAUGUUGAAUCGCCUUUUUGGAAAGCCUAAACAGGAAACCAAUGCUCUAACCACGUUAGACAAGUUAAACGAGACACUUGAAAUGCUGGAGAAAAAAGAGAAAGUAUUACUAAAAAAGGCUGGUGCAGAAGUUGAAAGAGCUAAAGAAUUCACUAGAGCAAAGAACAAAAGGGCGGCCAUACAAUGCUUAAAAAGGAAGAGGCUUUAUGAACAGCAAAUAGAGCAACUUGGAAAUUUCCAGUUGCGUAUUCAUGAUCAGAUGAUAAUGCUAGAAGGUGCAAAAGCCACUACCGAAACUGUUGAUGCUUUGAGGACUGGUGCUGCUGCAAUGAAAGCAAUGCAGAAAGCAACGAACAUAGAUGAUGUGGACAAGACCAUGGAUGAGAUUAAUGAGCAGACCGAGAACAUGAAACAGAUCCAGGAUGCAUUGUCAGCUCCAUUUGGUGCCGCAGCUGAUUUUGAUGAGGAUGAACUGGAAGCUGAGCUUGAAGAGCUUGAAGGUGCUGAGUUGGAAGAGCAACUUCUCCAGCCUGCUACAACAGCUCCUGCUGCUCCAGUGCACGUCCCUGCUGGCCGGCAACCUGCUCGUCCUGUUCCUCAGAAGCGCACUGCUGAAGAAGAUGAACUGGCUGCUUUGCAGGCUGAAAUGGCUCUUUAAUCAGGUAUUGCUGGGCACAAUUAAAAAAGGCUAUGUAAAGAAGUGGCCUGAUUGUAUAAUGGAGAUUUCUGCGCGUUUCAGGAAAAAUCUAGAUUUCCGUAUGGGGUUGGGGCUAUUGUUGAACAGAUUCUUACACUUCUUAUCACAUAUAUGGAGAUUGAAUACUUGUUUUUACAUGGUUGACUUAAGCCAUAGACCAAACCAACUGCCUUAUUUUGGUUUUCUGUGUCAUAUCUACCCUCGUUUUUUUUUUCCUUUUUUUUGGCCACUGCGUUGUCAAUAUUAAUAAUAUAUACUCUUCUCA